UGUAACCAAAGCUUCCGGGAUGCAUUGUUGAACAACCGCUGGGCUGAGCCCGCGUCCGCAGCUGCUGGCUCAGCCAUGCCACGGAUCAGCUGGCAGCUCGCCCUCUUCGAAAUUAACUCUGAGCCAACUUCCAUCGUCACCUACAAUGCCGCCAUCAGCGCCUGUGGCAAGCAGUCACAGUGGCAGCGCGCCUUACACGUCCUUCGUCUCUUGCAGAGCCGCAAAGUGCAGGCGAGCGUGGUCACCUACAAUGCGGCCAUGGGCGCUUGCGAACGGAACAGCCGCUGGCAGCAAGCGCUGCAGUUCCUCCUCCUCCUCCAGGAGCGACGCUUGGCGAGCGCCGUGACCCACCUCACCGCCGUGGCCGCCGCAGGCAAGGGCAGACAAUGGGAGCUGGCCUGCCACUUGCUGUCCAACACGGGUGAGAUCUCUGCCCCUGAGCGGGUCGCCUCGUACAACGCCGCGCUGUCUGCUGCGCGUGGCGCUUGGAUAGCGGCCCUCAAGAUGCUCAAGGAUCUUCACAGAGAGGAGCUGAGAUCGGACGUGAUCACCUUCAACGCCGCCUUAGUGGCGGGCGCGUCCUGGACAGAUGCGCUGAGUCUGCUGUGCGCCAUGGCGCUGCUACGAGUUGGGGCCGACGCGGUGUCCAGGAACUCCGUCAUGGCAAGUCUCAGGGGCGGACAGUGGCGCCUGGCUGUGCACCUCUUCUCCCCUGGCGACCCCUUCAGCGCGGCCGCGCUGGCGCGCGCGGCGGCGGAAGACUCCGCCGCGUCGGCCGCUUCGGGCGCCUGGCGCCUGGCGGUGCAGCUGGCGCGGCAGGUGCCGCAGGAUCUGGUGACCUCGAACUGUGCCUUGCGCGGCCUCCGUGAGAGGUGGCCGCAUUGCCUCCGAAUCUUCAACAACCUUCCUGCGCAGCGCUUGCAACCUGAUAUGAUCACACGCACUGCUGUUGUCUCCGCUGGAAUUCCUUGGCAGGCCGCCCUCCUCAUUUCAUCCCACGGCGACGCGGCGCUGCUGGUCGCCUGCCUGGGGCGAUUAGCAGACGGGGCUUGGGCGCGGGCCCUUCGGCUGGUGAAGGACUUCUCAAACUCGCUGCGACCGAGCGCUGCACUGUACACCGCGGCAGCAGGAUGUGCUGGAAAGGCAUGGCAGGUUGCCUUGGCCCUUGGAACUUGCACGGACGGGACGGAAGCCGUGCACGGCCAUUGGCGGGCGGCUCUGUCGCUGGGCGGUUUGCCGGAAGGCGACUGGCCCCAGGCCUUUCGGUGGCUCCAGCGUAUGCUUCGGGCGCGCCAGGCGCCGGGCGCGAGCUGCCAGCGCCUUGUGUCGGUGGCGGGUCACGGCGCCUGGCGCCCGGCGCUAGAGCUGAUCGCUUCCCUGCCUUCCUUCCCCCUGGCCCUCUGCGACGCCUGGCUCGCCGAGACGGCCAAGACGGACCUGGGCGCCGCCCGAAGCUUCGUGUGGGCGCCGAAGCGCCCGCCCACGUCCCUGCUGUGGGCCUUGGCGGCGGUCCACGAGACCCGCGCGGCGCCGAUCCACGGCGCCUGCCGGGAGGUUUUCCGCGCGCUGAGGCGGUCCCCGUCCAAGUUCGCGCUGGUCACCGCCUGCUGGGCCGCGGACGUCUUGGGCGCGGAGAAUCCGCACUUCCGACGCCUGGCCGCUGAGCAGGUCCAGGCGCAGCUGCCGCUGCUCUCGCUGCCGGAGCUCAGCCUGGCGCUGCAGAGCAGCGGGGAAGUGGCGGCGCAGCGCAGGGUGCUGGAGCUCUUGGGAUCUCAUCGCUUCGACUUUCACUUCGCGCGGGAUGGCAAGGAGCUGUUGGCCAUCGCCUUCGCCUGCCACCUGGCCGGCGGCUUCUGCGCGGCUCUGCGGCGCGGCCUGCGGCGCGUGCUGCGGCGCCAGGGCCGGGCUCUGGACGCGGCGGGGAGAUCCGGGGCCGCGGAGCGGCGGCUUCUGCCGGCGCUGGAGGAGGAGGACAUGCCUCGUGUGGUCUUCGGCUCCGGAGAUCGGCCGGUGCUGCUGAAACCCGCUGGCUGGGAGGUCUACGGGCAGCACGCGGGGCUCCAGCUGCUCAGCUUCGCGCGCCAGCUCAGCUCGGCGCCCAUCCACCAGGACCGGGAGCACAACUACGGAUUCCUUCACCGCUUGGACGUGCCCAGCAGCGGGCUGAUCCUGCUGGCCCGGAGCUAUGAGGCCUUCUACGACCUCCAGCUGCAGCUGCACUGCGGACAGCUGCAGAGGUCCUACACCGCCCUAAGCCACGGCUGGGCCGAGCCCCGGACCAUUCGCCUGAGGCUCUACUACCAUGGCGCCGCUGCCAGCCGUGGGGGCCGUGGCAAGGUGGCCGUGUCUGAGGUCUCACAGCUGCUGGCGGCUGAAGUCCAGGACACCAGCGGGGUGGUGACGCUGCAGGUCUGGCGGAUCCGCACGGGGCGGCGCCACCAGAUCCGCGCCAGCGCCGCCUUCUGUGGCCACCCCCUGCUGCGGGACAGGAUCUACACAAGCGCGCUGAUCUUUCUUUCUGAUGCCCAGCUCUGCGCGCGGAAUUGGCUCCACCGCCACUUCCUGGGCUUCCGCGACGCGAAAGGGGAGCCUCACGAGGUCUUCACAGGCAGCUGGGAACGGGAUGCGGGGUGA